AUGGGCAAGGAAUUCGGUGCCCGCGUGCCUGCCCGCGAUGGUGGCGGCGGCGGCAAAGGAGGCGAUGGAGGCCACCACACGGAGGGGCUGGUGGUGGUGGGCCGUCUCCUCGAGUGCGGCACCUGCCCACCCUCGGGCGAGCUGCACUACGGCCUCGUCAUGCCCUAUCGGCCCGUGCGCCUCGUGGCAGGGCACCUGCCCAUCAAGGCCUUCUCCCUCUCUUCCUCCUCCUCGUCGUCGUCGCUCCCUUCCUAUGUGUCUCCUCCGGUGCCCUCCUCCUCCUCGCCAUCUGCGGCCACUCCGUCCAAGGACGACGCAAGCAAUGGGCGACACGCCCUCACGUUGCGGCACCACCACCACCACCACCUCCAGCAGCAGCAGCAGCAGCCGCCGGGGCAGCACCGGCAGGAGGAGCUGCGGGAGGAGGAGGCGCAGGAAGCCACCUACCUGGGAGGACCCGUGUUGUGGGUGGUGCACGGCACGCCCGAGCUGCCGCGGCCCGACUACCACCAGUUCAGCGGCGGGCUGGAGGAAUUCAGGGUGGGCGAGUGCCAUCGACUUCGGCUCAAGGUGAAGCUGAACGGGCCGUCGCCCUUUGACGAGGUGGUGGAUCCCUACCUGGCCCACCCCGGCCAGCGCUAUCUGUGCCUCAAGGCCGACCUCGCUUCCCCCUCGAGUGACGACGACGACAGCAGCAGCAGCAGCAACAGCGACGACGACGACGAUAGCGAGGGGCAAUUGGACGACGACGGCAAUGAGGGCAUCGAAGAAGAGUGGGAAGGCAGCGAAGAUGAAGACCUAGGCAAUGCCAACAACUCCAACGAGGAUGACGACGAGGGCGACGGCGACGACAGCGGGAUGGAGGAGGAAGCGGCCUAA